CCAAAGCAGGCGCGUAACGCGCGUUGCGCUAUCCAUGGUAUCUAAACAACAAAACAAGCCUCCCCCAGUCGAAAACAGCAGAAGACGCGCUCGAGACAGGUUGUUCUCUAGUUAUGCACGCGGACAACAGAAGACCAAAGUCUUUCUGUUCACAGAGGAGACAGACAGGAUGAUAUGCCAUCAUCUGAGCCGAGUGCUGGCACUUUGCGUAAUAUUGUGCGCCAUGAAAACAGCUUCCAUCGUCCACGGCGCACGAGCUUUCGAGAGAAAAGUGUCUAUGAUGCUGAAAGAGGAGCCAGUGAACCCCAAGUGCUUUGCUGAAACCAGGAACGACUUCACGUGUUUCUGGGAGGAAGAUGAGGAGAGGGCAGGCCAUGUGGAAGAGUACUACUUCACUUACACCUACCAAAAUGAAAACGGCAGCAGGUGCCCACUGACUGUCAUGCCUGCAGACGGGGGGAAGAGGCUGUUUGUCUGCCAUCUGAACCGAGCCCAGAUGUUCGUAGAAAUGGACAUAAAAGUUCAUCGAGAGGGAGUGCUGCUCCACAAUCGCAGCCUCCUCGUCGAGCUCGUCUUUUUUCUGGACCCUCCGGCUAACGUGACAGUGAGCAGCACGGGUCAGCAAGGCCAGCUGAACGUCAGCUGGAUUGUCCCUCCUCUCAAGUACAUGGACGACAGCAUGAUGUACGAGGUCAGCUACGCCACAGUGGACAGCCACAUCUGGAAGGUGGAGGUGGCACGAGCCAGCUCAGAGCUGAUCCUGAGAGGCCUGCAGCCAGGAGCAGAGUACAAGGUACGAGUACGGGUAAAGCUGGACGGGAUUAGCUACAACGGCUACUGGAGUGCCUGGAGUGAGCCGGUGUUUAUGGGAACACUUCCUGCAGAACUUGACCUGCUCAUCGUGUCCCUGACUCUUAUCAUCUCUAUCGUCCUCAUUGGCCUGUCUCUCACUUUGCUCCUGUCACAUUGCAGCAUGUGUGCUCUCUUCAGGUUUCUUGUGAAGAAGAUUUGGCCGACUAUUCCAACUCCUGACAGCAAGUUCCAAGGUCUUUUUACCGUUUAUGGUGGGGACUUUCAGGAGUGGUUGGGGCACACCAGUGGAGGGCUAUGGUUGACUCCAGCUUUCUUCAACCCAGAAGAAUGCCCCUCUCCUCUGGAAGUCCUGUCAGAGCUCAGCCUUUGUCCCUCACUGCCUCCCCCACCUCUGCCUCCCAAGACCUCUAGAGCUUUGACCACAGGCAGAAGGGAGGACAUGAAGAAAGGACUAGAUGAGAGAGGCGAUUCAGCUCUGACGGAGGGAUGGAGAGCCACACCACAUGACCACUGGCUGAUGGACCGCUUACGGGCGCUCCAACAGAAUCCAGUACCCAGCUCCCAGUCCUCUCUGCUGGAGUCUCAAGAUGCUUAUGUCACCCUGAACGCCAACAACCACAGCGAAGAAGAACACCUGGAUGACAUUCUAGAGGAGGAGUUACCCCUUGAGGUGCUUUUUUCCUCCAGAAAGACAGCGUUGUGUGAAUCUCACUCUGACCUGGGAUCUGUGCAGCAGAGCUCUGGGUCUGGUCGCCUUUCGUCACAGUCCAGCUUUGAGUAUCCAAACCAUGUCUGGAUGUCUAAAGGCCCUCUGUACACCUACAUGGCAGUGGCAGACUCUGGGGUUUCUAUGGAUUACAGCCCCAUGAGCAGACUAGAUGACAUUGGAAAAUUGGUUAUCUAUGCCAAUGAUUACAAGAACGAGAUCCCUGCUCAUAGAAGACCCUUCCUGCCACGGCAGCACCCUCUCCAUGAUGACGGCUGAGAAGCUGAGCUCAACUGGACAGGCUGCACAUGGACUGAGCCUUGAAGCAGGCUCAGUGAAGGGUACAAAACUAUGGAACCUCUCUCUAACUGUUGAGAAAGGUUUUCAAGGCUGACUUGAUCCCAAAGCAUAAGCUAAAGGAAGACUUGAUGUGUAUAUGUAAUAUUUACUUAUUCAAAUCAUCCUGGAUCUGUACAGAACAUUACCAUAACACAGAAAUCUGUAACUAUCCUAUCCUGUAGAUCAGAUCAGGAUUUUAUGAUAAUUCACAAAUAUUAAAGUUCAAGAGUGUUUCCAUAGUGAUUUCUUCAUAUCUGAGCUAAGUGUACUCUUACUUUUGAAUGACAGAAUGGCUGUUCGAGGAAAAAUACAGAAAAGACUGAACUACCGAUGCUAACGUGCUGAUGUUCACCAUUUUCUCCAUCUUAGUUUUCACUCCCUUACACCAAAUUAAAACUAAUUAACAUUUAGAUGAUGGUGGUAAAUGAAGCACUUCAUCCUCUGCGGACCAUGGACAAAAUGUCAUGGUUAAAAUCUACAAUGCCCAGCUUUUAGUAUUUUAAAAAUUGAAUCAACAUAUUUAAGGCAUCUUAAAAUGGAAAUUUUUGAGGGUUUGUUGACAAUAAAAAAAGAAUAUCAACCGUGUACUCUUUAAUACCUUCAAAUUUAAACACCACAGCUUCCACUUGAACCCUGCAUCCAUUAUGUCAUUUCUAAAUCUGAAAACUGUAUUUGUAAAUAAUAUUAUGAUACUUUUUGUAUUUUAUUUCCCUGAAGCAGAGCAAAACAGAUCAAAUGACCACUACUGUAGGCUGUGCAGGAAGCUUUUUAAGUCAGUAUCAAUUCAUGUAACUGUAGUUGUUAGAAAGCCUUUAACUUGUCGUGUCACUGCUGCCAUCUAAAGAGCAGAGUGUGUACAGUCCGUCCUAACAUGAACAUUUCUGUUCAAAACAUGUCAACUGAUUCCAGUUUUUAAAUCAGACUGAAAUAUUUCUUUUGUUUUUCAUGCUUGCUUUUGUCUUAGAAAACAUAUCUUGUUAUUGAAAUUGUUUGGCUCUAGUAGUACAUCUCUAAACAUUGUUGACUUCUAUUAUUGUUAUAGGUUUAGUAGUGUGACACAAAAUGGAAACAAAGGUUUAAAACUCAAACCCAACUGAACUAACUGACCAUGUCUUACUGCUGCAAGACAGCAAUGAAUUAUUUAUGAAAGAUGAAAAAACUAAAUUCACAGAUUGAAGAUUGAAAACACACAUUGUUUCACGUUUGUAGAUCACAUAUCAGUUUGGCUUUUCUUCCCUAUUAGGCAGCAUAUACUUUAAGAGAUGUGUCACACUCACAUGGUGAAGGUCUCUGUCUUAAAUAUUUUAAUAAUUAAAUCCUCAGUAGUAGUUUGAUUUGAAGUAGAGUGAUAUUUACAUUUUUUUCACUUUCAGAAACAUUCAGAAUAUUCUGUACUGAUUCUGAAAUUAUUUUCAGUUUUCAAAAUAAGUUUUUUUUUUUUCUGAUUUGUAAAAUAAUUGAUAUCCAUAAAUUCAACAUCUCGCAUGUUAGUCACUCCAGUGUUUCAGUGCAUCAGUGGUUCCCAACCUGAGGGAUGGGACCCCUCAAAAGGGUUGCAGGAUAAAACUGAGGGGUCAUAAGAUGAUGAAAAAAACAACACAUACAUAUUUUAUACAAAAUGUUUAUUUUAACAUACAGUUUAUUAUUCUGACCUUUCUGACCAGCAGCUCUGUGGUUGGUCAGUCAGUCCACCAAAAGUUCAGUUCUUUGCCUCGGAGGCUGAAAUGUUCCACACAGCUAUUAUGAAUACAUACUUGUUAACUUUUAGGUUGAAUUUCAGGUAAACUUUGUUCUAAGGAGUCUUGUGCCAGAAAUGUUGGUAACCACUAUUCAGUAGUCUCCUUCCUGUGUCUGUGUAAUGUAAGAUUGUAUUCACAUGUUUGAUAAAGCUUUAUGUCACUUCAAAUUUUAACUCAUUAAACUUUGCACAUCUUCA